AUGUCAAUAUAUAUUGCAGCAGAAGCCCUACCUCCCCAACCCACGCCAGCACUCCCACCCCAACCGCAAGCCCCACAACCACAGCCGGCUCCUCAUCAACCAAGGCAACGGAGGCGUGCUAGGCCACCAAUUUUCCGAACCCGUGUCCUACUUUUUGGGAUGCCAGAUGAUGUGGUGGUGCGUAGAUACCGGCUGCCACCACAUCUAAUCCUAGACACUCUCUCCAUAAUAGAGAGUGAUCUGGAGUCUGAAAUUCGGUAUCCUACAGCAAUACCACCAUUGACACAAUUCCUUGCAGUGUUACAUUUUUUGGCUACAGCCUCAUAUCAGCAUGUUGUGGGAGACCUGGUUGGCAUGUCGCAGGGCCAGUUCAGUAAGGUCCUGCGGCGUGUCUGCCAGGCUUUCCUAAAGCGGGUGAAGCAGUUCAUUGAUAUGCCUUUGGAUGUUGGUGCCCUAGAUGUGGUGAAGCGGCAAUUUGCGGAAGGUGGUAGUCGCUUCCCACAUGUUAUUGGGGUUGUGGAUGGCACACAUGUUGCUAUUCAGCCACCAAGACAUAAUGAAGAAAUUUAUAGAAACAGGAAACUGUUUCAUUCUCUGAAUGUAAUGGUUGUUUGUGGGCCAUCCCUCCAGAUCCUUUCCCUGAAUGCAAAGUUUACUGGAAGUUCCCAUGAUGCAUAUGUCAUUAGACAAUCAGGGAUAUGGCAGAGAUUAAGAUCAAGUCAACGAGCAGACAUGUGGUUAUUGGGAGACCGUGGAUAUCCUUGCACCCCCUGGCUCAUGACUCCUUACCGUAAUCCCAGGCCAGGACCACAGAUGGCAUUUAACUCCGCGCUUACUGCCACUAGGCAGCUGGUGGAGCGCACAAUUGGUGUCCUUAAAGGGCGGUUUCGUGUGCUCCACCGCACUGGUGGCGACAUCAUGUAUUCGCCGGAGAUGGCAAGUAAAAUAGUGGUCCUGUGCGCAAUACUACAUAAUAUCGCGGUAAGGAGUAGUGUAGAGCUUCCUCAGGCAGAGGAAUUGCCUGAUGAGGAGCCAGGGGUUGGUCCACGCUUCGGUGGGGGGAGUGUGACACGGAGGGGGAGCCAAGUGAGGGCAAGAAUUGUUGCAGAAUAUUUCAGGUAUAGUGUUUUUAUAUUUUAUAUUUGCACAAAUAAUACAACACAGUAUGCUUAUGUUUUUUAAACCAUGAUUGCAUUUUGUAUGAUCUUGUAAAGUGAUUGGGUAAGGCUUUUGUUGUGUUGGAAUGGGUAAUUGUUUUUUUUAACAAAAACCAAAAACACGUUAAGCUUACAAUGUUUAUUUAGAAAUUUAAAUACUGUAAUGUUAAUAAAUAGUGUCCUUAUUUAUUUUAUAUCCUCAAAUCCUGAUUAUGUAACCAAACACACAAACAAAUGAUACUCAAUGUUUCACACUUUGUGACUGUCCAGCUGAAUGAUCACACGAACUGUGGUGAGUACACAGAUAUGUAUAGUAAUUUUAUCUAAAGUCUGUGUCUCUGUGUGUGUUUUGUUUUCUUAAAUUUGUGUUCAAAACAUUUUCGCUUCUGCUAAUGCGAAUUUCCGCUCGUGCCAAAUAACACUCUGCUCUUCACAGCAUUGCAAAGAUCAAUAAAGUUAUUAGAAAUGACAACAUAGAUUUUUGACCAAUCACAUGCUAACAGACACUAUAAAUAUAUGCCCAAAUAAGGAAAACGCCAUUGCCAUGAUGCGUGCAGCACCGUUCACCAGGCGGGAGCUCCGCGUGCUGGUUGCGGUGAUGGACCGCCGCGUAGGCCGCGUUGGGCGCUUCAUCCCCAAUCGGGUGAAGCGCGAGGCCUACGCGGAGGUCCGCCGCCUGCUGCGGACUCGCGUCCGCAGCAGGCGGACAAUCAUCCAGCUUGAAAGGAGGUGGAGUGAUCUCCGUAGGCGGACUCCCGAUUUGUUGGCGGAGAUCCGCCAGCAAAUUCGUGCGCUGCAUACACGAAGUAAGUUACCUUACAUAAGUUUUUAGUCCUAAAUUGUGCUAAUGUGUGAUUUUCCAAGUUUUGGGCUUCCGGAAUUUAUGUAACAAUUGUUCAAUACAAUGAGCACUGC